CGAAAAAACAACAUGGCGAAUCCAUUUUCUGAAUUUGUGAAGGGUUGGAAUUCGUUUAAUUUAAAUUCACUUGAUUAAAUGAAAAUAUACAGCUAUUUAAAAACAUCUACUUCAAAAGAGAAAGUGCAACUCCAUUUGAGUUAACAUGGCAUUGAACAAGCAAAAGGCAUUGACACAGCCCCAGUUCUUUGCUGUUGGUGCAGGGGUUAAGAUUCCACAAGUCGGUGCAGAUGAAAGAACAUAUGAUGUGCCCAAAAAGCAAACACCUGAUACAGUUUUAGUGACACACCCUGACUUGCCAGUAGGUGUAAGUGAUGAUUAUGUGAAGAAAAUAAGUUGUGACAUCACAUUUGCUGAUGAUGUUGUCAAAGACCGGAGUUUUCACACAAUGCCCUAUGAUGAGAAAUAUUUCAAAGAAGCUUUGGAUAUUUCCGACAUUGUGUCACCAAGACAGAAAGCAAAUAUUCUAGUUGGUCGUCAUAAUCAAAGGGGAAGUGAUCAAAAACACAUGCCAUGUCAUCUUAAAAAAACUGCCAAGCACAAACUGAAGCCAUUAAAGAGACAGAUUAUGGAUAAAGCAAUAAAACUGCAUCAGGAAGCAGCUUUAAGAAAAUCACAUAAAGAAACCCAUGAAGAACUAUCCAAGGACACUUUGCCAAAAUCAGCCCCAGCAAAAUCAGCUGCCAAUAAGACAGCCCCAAGUGACUCAACGAAUGUGUUUUUAACUCAAUCAAAUGUAGAUGCCUUCAAUAAAGCUAACCAUGAUGUUAGCACACCUGUGACAAACAAAUCUAAAAGACAGCAUGACUGGUCUGAGUAUUUGAUGUCAAUAUUGAGUGAACAAACAGCAAGAUGGAUUGUGAAUACUAGGAUGUCUGAUAAUGAAUUCAACAAGGAGACACUUGAUAAGAUGCUGGCAUUGAGAUAUGGAAAAUCAUCUGAAACUGAACUGAUUCGUGACAAUAUCAGUGAAGAUGAAGGUGAAAUAGAAUUUAGAUUGGUUGGUAAAAAAGAUCAAGCCCAACCAUCUGAUACCAAAAAAUGGAAGAAAAAGGGAGACAACAUGGUUGAGAAGAUGCGGAAACAAGAGCGUCCCAAUACAACAGUCCCCUACUCAGACAAAACUAAUGCUGCUUUCUAUAGACUUCCUGCUGGUAUUCGGAGAGAGAAGAAAUACAUUGAUGCAGAAGAAAAAGGUGCGAUAAAUCAGACUGCCCAUCGUGUCCAUGUGAAGGCAUAUGUCCCUCCCUCCCCUCCCACCCUAAGGGACUACAUGAACCCAGCAGUGGGAGACAAGGCUUACAAUACAGAAAAUGCUUACCAGCAGGAGUGGCUUACAGGAGGAGAGCAGAUCUAUCAACAGUUUGGUGACAGGAGUAAGAUAACCAUGAACAGUAAUAAUAAAUACAAGAAACAACUACGUAAUGAGUUCCCAGGUAAACCAGAGGCGUGGUUCCCAGAGACUUCCGAUGAGAAACAUAAACGUCUCAAUCAUACUACCAAGGUAAAGAGAGCUGAGAAAGGACUACAUCGCUGGAAAAGCCUCCCCGAACCUAUUGAUGAUACUGCUGAAACGCUUAACUUAAUGCCCCCAGGGUAUGACUCCGAGUAUAACAGAGACCCUGACCCCACAGAGAGACGUAAAGUUAGGAACAACACAUCACUUUCUAAAAUAGUUGAAGACUGGCAGAGCAAGUGGCACCUGAAUUCCCGUUAUGCUGACAGUAAAGCAAAUGAUCUCAUCCAUGACAUGGCUGACAUACACCCACAUAUACGGCUCAAGGCAAUCGCAACAUGCUCCAGGGCAGCUGAUUAUAGACCCCCUAGAGAGCUAGGUAUAGAGCUGAACCCUUCUCAAAGACAAAUCAGCCAGAUCAGCCUCCUACCAGAGGAGAUCUUUCUGUGCCUGGAAUGCCUGCUAGAAGAUGAGGUAGAGCAAGUAAAGAGAGCAGCUGCUAUCUGUUUGUACACCUUGGAAAAACCAACACCAGAGGCUGAAGAGAUCCUAAGAGUAGCAUUAAGAGAAGAUACAUCAGUAGAUAGAUGGGCAGCAGCACAGUGUCUCGCUUACUAUGGAGUAUGUGACUCUGAAGUUGUAGGGGAGCUAGUUGCCCAAAUCAUGAACUCUGAGGAUGCUAUAAGACAUGAACAGGCAGCACAUCUACUUGCAAAACUAAGUAAUAAUUCGACUUUGGUUCACUCCAUGAUCUCAGAGCAACUUAACAGUAGUAGUUGGAGACACAAGAUAAUUGCAUGUAAAUUACUACCAAAGCUGCAUGGACAGAUUAACAAGGAUCUUGCUCAGAAGCUGGCCAACCUGAUGUGGAAUGACUGGCAUAGUGAGGUCAGGAAGGUUGCGGCUCAGACUCUUGGGAAAUGUGGACACGGGAAAGAUGUACAUGAUGACCUUAAGGAACGUAUCAUUAGUGGUAAUGAGAGAGAGAGAAUGGAUGCUGUCAGCAAGAUAGGACACUUAGGUCUAAUGACUGCUAAACUGCUACCCACUUUCCUGACUUGCUUUAAUGACCAGUAUGUGUCAGUUCGUAUAGAGACAUGCAUCACUUGUGGCAAUCUGCGCAUUGUGGAUGAGAAGAUACAGAACAAACUCAUCUUCUUAGCAACCUAUGACAACAUAUGGAAAGUUAAAGCUUUAGCUCUACAAGCUCUGGGUAAAAUAAACGUGAAAUCAGAAGAGGUCCGCAAGUGUAUCCUUUGGGCUCUGAGAUAUGAAGAAGAGGCUGGGGUACGUGCAGAAGCAUGUCACUCACUUGUCAAGAUUGGCUUCCAUGAUAGGGAAGUCAUUGAAAUACUGCAGAAUAGAUUCCUUGUUGAAACCAGUGCAGUGGUGAAAAGGGAAAUAGAGUUUGCCCUUGAGGCUCUUGGCAUUAGCCCCACACAAGACAUGGAUAUGGUAGCCCAGGUGAAGUCUGAGGUGCGCAAACUGUGCACACGUGACAAUAUCUGUGCUCACAUCAUUGAACAUGAGGAAAAUGUGGAACAGAAGGAAAACAUACAGAGGAUGAUUGCCAAGAAAAAGCCGGAGCCUAAAGUAGAAAUCACAGAGAAACCUAGGACAGCCUCAAGAGCUCCGACUGCAACCCGUCGUCUGAUGUCACCUAUAAUGUCUGAGGGAACAUUCACACCUACUGCUGACAGAGAACUGACUGCCCUUCUUACCAGAGAGGCCACUGAGAUGUCCCAAUCAGAUUAUCAGAGCCAAACAAUGUCACGUCCACAAACAGGUGUGUCUAGUUAUAGUUACAUUACAGAGGAAAUGGCAUCAGAAACUGAGACAACCCACACUGGUGUAAGAUCACGCAUGAGUCACACCAGUGAGGGUCCCUCAGGGUUUAAUUUUGAUAGUAAGGAGAUGGUUGUUGAGAUAACACCUGAUCCUAGAGAUACCUCAACCAGUCAGACAUACAGGGUAGACUAUAGACCUCCUACCCGUGAAAGGCCGACAAAUUUGGACCCAGAUACAUUACAACGUUAUGAGGAUGCCUUGUUUGAAGAAGGUGUUAACCUUGCUCAGAGUAGAGACCCUACUACAGUCAAUGAACCUCCAAGCAAACAGAAUACCACAAACAAUAAUAAUCGUAGCACUCACAAUGACAACCUAUCUGUAUAUAGUGAUAGCACACAAGAUAGCACAUCUAAUGGUAUUAAUGAUCAUAAAGACACUCAGACCAUUAACAAUGCAAAGACAAAUGAAGACAAUGCUGAUAACACCAAUGAGAUUAAUCCAGAUACUGUAGAUAAAUCAGAUGCUAAUGAGAUUCCUUUAACUGAUGCAAUUACCACUGACCAAUUAGAAAUUGUUGAUAAAAUUGAGGUUUGUUCUGUAACAACAGAUGAUCUCUCUACAGAGAACACAAUAGAUCAGAACAAUGAUGAACAAAAAAGUGAAAGUGGUGAAUAAUUUAGAUAAGCAUGUAUUCUAUCUGGAAAAUCAAAAUACCCAGUAAUGCAUUUAAAUCUUUUAAUAAAUUCUGAAAUCAAUAACUCAUCUUUUAGUUUGUAUCAAAACUGAAGACUGGAUUCUCAAAAAUCAAAAUAGUGUGGGAAAUGUUUUUUUUCUCAUUUAAACACACUGCAUGUUUUCAGAACAAUUACUCAGUGAUGUCUCAAUAAUAUAUAUUUGACAUUAUGUGGUAAUUUAUUGAUGAAUGGUUAUGCAAAAUAUGU